AUGUCGCCUACUCUGCCGCCCGAAAUAUGGGCCCAUGUCUUCGGAUUCGUGGCAUCCGGCCCGGAUGGGCGCUCUGAUUAUGUUCCAUUUGAGGCGGGGAUCCUGAGCGAGGAUGCGGGGAAGCGUUUCCAGACGGAUCUGCGUGAUCGCCUGGCGCUCGUCAAUGUCUGCAAGCUUUGGUAUAGGCUCGCGAAGCCGAUCCUCUACGCCAACGUCAUCGUGCGGGGCAACUCAACCGCUAUGGCGGAGAUCCUGUCGUCCAAGCCCUCAGACGAUUCGGACCUGCCGUUUGGCUGCUGCGUACGAAGUCUCGAACUACCAUUCAUACAAACGACUACUUCGGGAGAAGGACCGUACCCCAGCUCAAUCAUCCUGGAGUCAUGCUCACGUCUCGAGCGGCUCACCCGACUCCCAGCAUCCCCAACCGAAGUCUUCGGCCUCCAGUUCGAAUUCCCUAUGCCAAGCAUUCAGCUGCCCGCCCUUCGCCGUUUGGAUUGGUGGCACAACAACUUCGCAUACCGAACAGGCGGCGUCAACGCGCUUCCUGACGUACUUCAAGUCGCGCCCAAUCUUGAAUAUCUCUCCCUCGGCGGCGAGAUGUUACCGAACACGGCGAUGCCCGCUCCGAUUUCUCUUCCACGCCUCCAGACGCUACGCGUGCGAGGAAUCAACCCCAUCUACGUUCGCCAAUUGCGAAACUGGGAUGCGCCCGUCCUGCGCACUAUCAUCCUCGAAAGCCUUACCCAUCCGUAUACGUUCCAGUCCCUCUGGGAAACGAUAUCUGCUUCGCAGAUAGAGAUCGUCGAGCUCGGCGCACACAUGCAGUUCCUCGCCCGUGACUACCUCGCGCUCGUCCUAGAAGGCUGCAAGAACCUCCAGGAACUCAACUAUCGCAUCUUUUUCACUGCCGAGCCGAACUGGGGAGACGCAGAGCCCCAUAAGCACCUGAAGCGCGUGCGCUGGCAAGCGUUCACGAAUCACACGAUGCCCGUGGAGAGCGUGUGGUACUGGGUUCGGAUACACGCCGAUGCCCUCAUGAACCGUACGCUGUUCCCCGCCCUCGAAGAGGUCGUCCUUCACGGCGAAGAAUGGUCCACGCUGGGACGUGAUCUGGAACCCGCAGGCGUCGACGAGCUAGAGCGAUUGCGGAAAGACUUAAAAGCAAUCGGGAUAAAGUUGACGAUGUAG